UCAUUGUACUGAGCUUCAAGGCAGAGGAAAUGGAGUUGAACAACGGCAACUGCGACUCAGACGAUGACACUCCGAGGCUGAGCAGUGAAGCCAUGGCGGCUUUGAGAGAGUUCCUGAGCGAGCAGACUCAGACCCAUGUCGACGCCGACGCAGUUUCUUUGGUUUCAGAGGAUUGGAGGCUGAGCCAGUUCUGGUACGAUCCCCAAACGGCCGAAACAGUGUCUAAAGAGGUUCUCACUCUUUGCGACUCCUCCGAUUCUCUUGUUCGUGUCGCUUGCGUCGCUUGUCCCACCCUCUACGCCUAUCUCAAGAAAAUUGAUCCUAAUGUUUCUCUGCAACUUCUUGAGUAUGACAAACGUUUUGAGCAAUAUGGAAGUGAUUUCACAUUCUAUGAUUAUAACCAACCAGAAGAGUUGCCUCCAGAAUUGAAGCAUGCUUUUCAAGUUGUAGUGGCAGAUCCUCCUUACCUGAGUAAGGAGUGCUUGGAGAAAGUCGCUCAAACAAUUUCAUUUCUAGCACGACCAGGAGAAUCCUUCUUGCUUCUGCUCACAGGGGAGGUGCAGAGGGAAAGGGCUGCUGAGCUCUUGGGUAUGCAUCCAUGUUGUUUCAGGCCUCAGCAUUCAAACAAACUGGGAAAUGAGUUUCGGUUGUUUACAAACUACGAUCCUGGAAUGAGAUUAGGUGGGUGGGAUAAACAACUUUAACCCUUGUAAUCCUAGCGCAAACGGUGUGAUUACAGUUGAAUUACUUGCUCAUAACCUGAUUUUUUUCUGGAUAAUUAUAUCAUGUAACAUUGCUGGCUUCUUCUCCAUUUUCUUGGACUGGCUCUGCUCUUUGUGCAAUUGAAUCUUGCUGAAUUUUGUAGAUGACAAUAGAUUGGCAAUUUUUUCAUGCUCUUUUACUGCUUUAUAUCAUCCCCUUGUUUUGAGUCA